AUGUCCUCGAAAACCACGAGACUCGGGCUGCAGCUCUCGCAGUCUCGUCCCACGCUGGUUUCAUCACACAAUGCGCUGUUCUCGACGAGACGGACGAUAUCGUCAGCUGUGUUGAUCCCACAAAAUCAACACCGAUUGCGAGCUGCGACUUUCUACCCCCUAGCUGCAAACCCGCCUGCGUCGACAACUCCCUCAUCCUUCUUCACGCCUUCACUGUGCCGAACCAGACAUGCCUCAACUUCCACAAAUCCCUCCGUCUCAGCAGCCGGUUCACCCUCUACUGCGCUCGACUGGAACACCUUCUUUCGCAUGCGAGCUGUACGACGACGGUAUUCCCUCGCAUCCUCUAUCAUUACUUCCCUCUGCUCGACAGCCGGCGCCCUGUAUUCAUUCUCAGAGAUUCCCGCGCUUGCAGACAACAUCACUAAAGUGAUUCCCACCGAUCCAGUCAUUGCAAUCGUGAUUGCGACAUUCAGCUCGACCAUCAUUGGCUGGCUGAUAGGUCCGGCAUUUGGGAAUACGGUUUGGAGACUAUCGCAUCGUACUCGGCUCCAAGAGUUCAAUAUCAAAGAGCGUGGCUUUUUCGAAAGAAUAAAGAAGCACAGAGUCAACCCAAGUGGUGCCAGCACGAACAACCCAGUUCCUGAUUACUACGGCGAGAAGGUGGGAAGCGUGGCUGGAUACCGCCGCUGGCUCAAAGACCAGCGUGCGUUCAACAGAAAAAGGGGUGGGAACUAUCCGUCGACCGUAUGA